AUGACCAUCAUUCACGUCGUUCAGUUCCAAUUCAAGGCGCUUGUCCCAGCGGAGGAAGUCAAGACGAUAUGCAACGCGAUGCUCGGUCUCAAGGAUAACUGCAUCCACCCGACAUCCAACAAGACGUACAUCAAGUCAAUGGUCGGUGGUCUGGACAACAGCCCCGAGGGCAUCCAAGACGGCAUCACGCAUGUCUUUGUGGCCGAGUUCGAGAACGCCGAGGACAGGGACUAUUACGUGCAGAAGGACCCGGCGCACCUGGCUUUCGUCGCGGAGGCGGGGAAGGUUAUCCAGAAGGCUCGGGUCGUUGACUUUACACCAGGGGUCUUUUAG